AUGGGCAUUUGGGCAUCCAUCGUCAAGUUGAUCUCACAAGAGGAAGAGGAGCGCAGACCUCCUGCCCGGAGUGACGGUCAGGAGGGAGGUGGGGGAGGGCUGGGCCCCUCUUGGUGUCCCGGGUUCCCGGCAGAAGUCUCCAGGACUGCGGGAGUCUGCAGACGCGGAGUUUCCGCGCCAAAGGAGCGGGUCGACGCGGACAGGCAGUUCCAGCCCCGGGUAAGAGCGGCCCCAUCUCCUCCCCGUCCCCGGCGCCGCCAGCAGCAGCCCUGGAGCGAUUUCCCCUCCCCGCCGCCCGCGCUCUCUCCUCCUGCGCCCAGGCCGGUCUCCGGCUCCGGAUCCGGGCGGCGACGGUGUAGAUGGGGGCGCACAGGGGACGGUCCUGGAGCCCAGGAAGGGUGCGAGCUGGAGGCGGCGGUUCAGAAAAGUUGUCAGGUCUCCAGUGCGGGCAGCGGCGGGAGCUGGAGCCGCGGUCAAGAGGACCCCAGGGGACGUAGCCCGCCUGGCACAAACGGCCACGGGUGCGAGGGAGUCGACGAGCUGGGAGGACGCGGUCACCGCUGGUGCGGCGCACUGGGCCCGGUGAUUGGCGCCUUCCCCUGCACAGGUGAACCUAAACUUACAUGGAACCCCAUGACUCAUUCUGCUGCUGUGAGGGAGGAGACUGGGCCCAAAGGAACAAGAAUGGACACACGAAAGGUCUGCUGAGGUUACGGCAAGUAUCCAGGUGCAUGAAGAUGGCAGUUUGGACCAGGUGGCCAUGGUGGAGGGAACAGGAAAUGAUCAUCUUUAAUAUGAACUAGGAUGAGUGUGAUUAAUACAGAAAAGGAGGAAUCAACACUUUCAGAGAUGGAGACUGUUGAGUCACAGUUUCAACUAGUCAAUGCUGAAUCCGACUUCUCCCUUUCUACAUUGCCUGAUAGAAGUCAUUGGGGAAUACUCUUUGCAGGGAGUCAAGGGAUUGGAUUGCGGAUUGCAUUAGUGGCUUUCCUCAGUUUCCUCAUCUUCUUCACAAGUUUCUACGUAUCGAAUGCAGAGCAGCCCUUCUUCAAAGGACCUCCUACAGAACCUGCUAAGGAACUCAGUCUGUAGCUCUGUGUGGAGCCAUGUGUAAACCCUGAAACGAGACCUGCCACCUCCUACUACCUAAUGGCCCCUUCUCAUCUGAGAAGAUCAUUCCCUAGAAACAAACGCAUGCUGACUUCCAUGUUUUUUUUUGGAUUAGAUAUAUGGAGAAUUUUCCUUUCCCUUAGAAUUAAAAUCCUGCUUUCUAGUUUUUAGCAAGCUUUUUUAUUUUGGAAUAAUUUUAAAUUUAAAGAGAAGUUGCAAAGAUAGUAUAGAAUGUUUCCUUAUACCUCUCAUCUAUUUUCCCCUUUUAUUACCAUUUUACAUUACCAUGGUAUACUUUUUAAAACUAAUAUACCAACACCGAGGCAUUAUUAUCAACUACACUCCAGAUUGUACUUGGAUGUUGCCAGUUUUUCUAUGAAUGGUUUCUUUCUGUUCCUUGAUUCCCCUUUUUUGUUCUAUUAGUUAAAUAGUUAAUAGAAUAUACAGUUAGCUAUUAAAUUAAUAGAAACCAUAAAUAGUUGACUAAUUAAUAGAAACCAGGACACCCAAUUGCUUAAGUAUCAUAUUUGCUUAGUCUUCUCUGAACUGUUGCAAUUUCUCAGUCUCUCCUUGUUUCAAAUGAUCUUGAUGGUUUUGAGAAAUAGUGGUCAGAUUUUGCAGAAUGUUUCUUCUUUGGUGUUUGUCUAAUGUUUUCCUCAUCAUUAGACUAGUCUUAGGGUUAUUUUUGUAAGAAAGCUACAGACAAUAUGCAGGAAAAUGAUUAUGGACAUUUUACUAUAAAACUCUACUUAUAGGCACUGAGAUGUAAACUUGCUGUACUUGUCACACCACACAAUAUUCUGUUCAUUUUUAUUAUCAUUAAAACAUGUAAAAAAACAAAAA